GCGCGGGCAACGCGGGGCCGUCCAGGCACCGGCUGCAGCGCCAGCAGUCCAAGUCGGAGAUGGUUCGCAACUACAUCAAGCGCGAGACGGCGGCCUUCUUCGGCGUGGACCCCAUGCAGGAGGAGGCGCAGCGCGCGCGCUGGGUGGACCGGCGGAAGCGCCUCGCCACGCGGCGGUACGGCGACCUCAAGGACGAGUACGCCAUCGCGCCGUCGCUGCCCUCCACCCCCGUGACCCCCGUCACGCCCUACGCCAUGCAGUCGCGCCUGGCGCGCCCCGACGUGCUGCCGCAGUCCGGCACCCAGGACGUGACCGACGCGGCCCGCUGGGAGGAGCCACCCGUGCGCCGGAAAGAGUCCGUCGCCAAGAUGACCUUCAGCGGCGUGGCCUACGUCGUUUCGCGGUUGGCGCGGCAGCGCGCGCGGGAGCCGACGCUGUCCAGGACGCUGUCCAGGUCCAUCCAGCCGGCGGCGCAGUCGGAGUCCGCGACGCCGUCAGUGCGCUACCGCGCCCAGUCGCCAACGCUCUGCUCGGUGCAGGAGCCCUUCUUCGACGUGCUGACCCGGGACUCUCGCGACCUGGGAGACGGCGGCGGUGCCGCGGCCCCGUCCGGCGAGCUCAGCCACCUGCUGGACUCCUCGGCGGCGGCCUCGGCCCCGGCCCCGGCAGCGGCGGCCAUGCAGCAGCGGAUGGGUGUGGGCGACGCCGUGGACUCGAACCAGUCCAUGCCGUACCACUUCCAGCACAGGGACAGGCAACCCAAGUGGGCGAGGCAGAACACCUUCUCCAGCGGCGACAGUUCGAGCAGGGAGGUCGGCAUGUCAAGGAUCGGCAACUCGUUCCUGGAACGCGCCUUCGACAACUCGGACCGGCGGCAGUACGGCAUGGGCGUCGUGGGCAAACUCUUCGGGCGAUCGCUGAAACGGUCCGUGGCACGACAGCCCCGAGUGAGAGAACAGCUGGAGGACAUCGAAGACCACCGACCUUACUUCACGUAUUGGGUCACCACUGUUCAAAUCCUUAUCCUCUUUAUAUCUAUUGCGUGUUAUGGCUUUGGCACAAUUGGCUUCAACUUGAACCAACGCUCGGGCCUGGUUCUCACAACAAGCCUUUCCCUCAAACAAGUGGACUACUCUGAACCGGCCAAUUUUUGGAUUGGACCUAGAGCAGCUGACUUAAUACAUCUAGGGGCGAAAUUUGCACCAUGCAUGAGGAAGGAUAUAAAAAUUCUCAAGGAAAUAGAUGAAAGUAGAUUAAAAGAAAGGAAUACAGCAUGUUGUAUAAGAAAUGAUGAAUCUGGAUGUGUACAGAGCUCCCGAAGUGAUUGUUCAGUCUUACCUCGGGGAACGAGAUCACCGUAUACAAUAGAGACCUGGAAGAAAUGGAGCAAUGGGAAUGUGGGUCCAGGUGGCCGUAUAUCAGGUUCCGUUUGCGGGCUGGAUCCCAAGUACUGUGAGGCCCCAGCUUCUAUAGCUCCUUAUGAGUGGCCAGAUGACAUCACAAAGUGGCCUAUAUGUAGAAAGACAAAUUCUCGAGGUUCACCUCAAAGACGGUUCCAAUACAAAGACAAAGCUGCUGAACAUAUGGUGUGUGAAGUCAUUGGGCAUCCCUGCUGUAUUGGAAUCCAUGGGUCGUGUGAAAUCACCACAAAGGAAUAUUGUGACUUUGUGAGGGGAUAUUUCCAUGAAGAGGCAUCACUGUGCUCACAGGUUUCCUGUUUAGACGAUGUUUGUGGUAUGAUACCUUUUUUGUCACCUGAAAUCCCCGACCAGUUUUAUCGUCUGUGGACUUCUUUGUUCCUUCAUGCAGGGUUGUUCCAUCUGGUUAUAACCAUAGUGAUCCAAUAUUUUUUGAUGAGAGAUUUAGAAAAGCUCACAGGAGCAUUUCGUAUUGGCGUCAUCUACAUGGGUUCUGGAGUAGCAGGGAACCUUGCAAGUGCCAUAUUUGUUCCAUACAGAGCUGAGGUUGGGCCUGCUGGGGCGCAAUUCGGACUGUUAGCGUGCCUCAUAGUGGAAGUACUGAAUGUGUGGCCCAUGCUAAAAAGGCCAGGUCAUGCAAUGUUAAGGUUACUGGGAAUCACAUUGUUUUUGUUCGUUCUUGGCUUAGUGCCUUGGAUUGACAACUAUGCACAUUUGUUUGGAUUCAUUUUUGGAUUCUUAUUAUCAUAUGCUCUCUUACCAUAUGUGUCAUUUGGAACGUAUGACCGUCAACGCAAGAUAGCACUGAUUUGGGUGUGCCUGUUGUCUUGUUUAUUCCUAUUUGCUGCGCUUUUUGCGCUAUUUUAUGUUAUUCCUGUCUAUGACUGUGAAAUUUGUACCUACUUUAACUGUCUCCCUCUAACGAGGGACUUCUGUGCAGAGCAGAACAUUAAUCUUAAGCGAGAUGAUGGUUUAGUAUGACGAUUGUGUAUACGGUUGGUCCGAACCGUACGCUCAUGUUUCCUUGCCCUUUCACCUGCCUCAAUCUACUCUGAUGUUGGACUUGUUACUGGUAGUAUUUUCAGAGUUUCACUUUUUAUAACUUCAUUUUAGAACAUAUCGCAUUCCUUUCAAUUCUGCUUCGUUGCAUGAAUAAAUAUAGCUUUUGUCACUGGCAGACAAUAUUUGGGCCAAGAACGAAAUUAAGGUGUACUGGUUUCUGAUGAAGUGUCUAGGAGGAGAAAAUCUUUAACAGUUAUUGUGGCUAUUUCUUUUUUACUAACCAUGUGGUACAGUUCUCUUACACCAGAGCAAUAUUUUCUUUCAUGAAAUAGACUGGUCCUUUAUUCACAUAUUUUAUGCAUGACAUGACAAAAAAAAAGCGGCACAAAUGAGUACUUUUCAUUGAUCCUCUUAUUUUAUUUCUUGUGAUAUUUUAUUGUAUUUUUUAUUGAUUUUGAUCACAAUUUUAUUUGCAUUUAUAUUUCUUCUUUUAUUCAUUGCAUUACUGCUCUUUCAGACAAUGUGGAGUUUUACAACUCACCUUACAAAUGACCGUAUGCUCAAGUCCAGUGCUUUAUUCAACGCACUGACUCAGUUUUUCAUUUGUUAUCGUUGUGUGUGAAAAUUGUUACCUUAUAUUUAAAGCUGUGUUCUCCUUUUUAAUUUUUUAUAUAAAUCAGUGCAGUUUGUGGAAACCUUAAUAUCUGGAAUCGUGUCAAAACACUUCAGCAUCAGAAUAAACUAAAAAAUUCAUCUUUCAAACAGAUCUUUGUUCCAAAUGUAAGGUGAUGAGUGUAUUGCUCAAAUUGAGCUUGAUAAAAUAAGAGUUGGAACCAAAUGUUUUUCCAGUCAGUGCCUUGAUUUAAUUUACAAUGUACUAUGCUACAGCAAGAAUUCUGUAAUGAAUUUUUAUCACAGCCAGCAUGUUAUUUCAGAGCAAUCAUCUCCUGUCAAUAAGGGAAUAGGAGUUAUAAUAAGAGUAUUUGCAUGAUCUACUGUGUAAAAUUGAAGUCAGAAGUCAGAUGAACACACAAUUUUAUCAUGGAAAUCGGUUAUAUCAUUUUCACAUGUGUUACAGACUUCAGGCUGUGUUAAAUUAUUAGAGUAAUAAUGAGUGGUAAACUCUUUCCAAAAAUAAACUGCAAGUUAUGAGGUUCAUGUUGUUUUGGAUACGUUGUUCUGCGUGCUACAAGCAGAGUGAAACCUGUGCAUCAACUGAAGAUUUCUUCAAUGGCAAGAGAGGCGGAGCGGCAAGAUUAAAUGAUUUACCAAUCGUGUGCUUACAGUUAUUAAGUGUUCAGAGCAUAUACAAUUUUUCACCUCUCCAUACCAUACAAAGUGAGCAAAGACUUUGCAGUGUCUACGCAAUUCAAUUUUUUCUACAUUUUAAGUAACACAUUACUAAGUAAGACCACCCCAAAAGUGUCUAUACUGUUAGCAAUUAAGAAAAGAAGAACAUUGCCUUAGCAAUGGUUUUAGCCAUCAUGUACAGUUUGUGAUAAAUAUUUAUUUCAUUAAACUAUUCUGUUUUUGAGUUAAAUUUAAAUUAUUUUACCUCUACGUCAGUUUGCCACAAGUUAAUGGAUAAGCUUUCCAUACCCUUUUGAAAUGGUUAAUGUGAUAAUCUUUGUGGCAUAGCUUGCAUUAUAACUGUAAGUUUAUGCCAUUUAUAUUAUGUCUGCUUGAUUGAGGCAUAGAGUCAUUUUAAUUUCUGUUUCUUUUGUUUUUCAUAUCAAGACUGCCCCAGGUUCUUGCAUUUCUUGUCUUCAUCUCUUUUAAUUUCUGUGGACUAUGCAAAUGUGGUAGACCACAUUGUGUUACAUUAUUCUGUCUUAGAAAAAAAUAAAAACUGUAUGCUUGUGUGUUUGUGUACCCCAAUUAUGUACAUGUAAGUAUGCAUACGCUGCAUAUUAAACUGUAUAUAAGAUGUGGAUAUGCAAUGGAUGAAUAUUAAAUAUGAGACUGUUAAAAAGCUAUCUGGA